AUGCCCGUGAAGGAGGCCUGGGGGGUGAAGGGAGAGGGGAAGGGCCUGCGUAUACCUUCUUUAUUCACCAUCCCGUACCACCAGCAUGAUGAGGACGAUGAUGAGGCGCCUGAUGACCUACAGGGCAUCAACAAGGAAAAGGGCAUAGAAGAGGUGGUCAAGUUCUGGAGCCUCGUCACCACAGCUCACGGUCUGAAGCACGCAUGGCGGCAGCGAGGCACAUGGUUUGGGUACUUCUGGCUCGUCUUGACCGUUGCCCUCAUCGUCUCCCUCAAUUAUGCCAUCGUUCUUCAUACCAUUGAUUUCGCCUCUCGAGAAGUAAAAUCGCAGUCGUCUCUUGAUGUCAGCCCGAGUGGCCUUCAGCUGCCUUCCAUCGUGUUCUGCAACAGAGACUAUUUCUCCAAGACUAAAUUGGAAGAACUGAACAUCACGAAAAGGUUCGCGAGUUACCUGAUGGCCAUGACGGGCUUACCUGUGAUGCUGCGCCCUCAUGUGUACAAGACGGAGGAUGGACGCGCCUUCCUCAACGAGUCACGCCAUAUCCUUCAAGCUCUCCUGCAGGAGAGGAACGAAACACUUAUUGAGUUGAUGGAAUAUUUGUCAGUCAAGUGUGAGGACUUUAUGCUGCAGUGUCGCUUCAAAAACUACACGCUAGGCACGGAAGAUUGCUGCAGGAUGUCCGUGCCAGUAACUACCAUGCUGGGCCAAUGCUACGUCCUGUAUGCUACCCCUGAUAUCAAGCAGACCCUUAGUGGCGAAAACAAAGGCCUUCUCUUCCUUCUGCGGGAUAUAAGCGACCUGAGACCUGAAUUCGACACCUCCAUCACGGAUCCUUUAAUAAUUGCCAAGACGGGGAUACAAGUCACUCUGAUCAGCAACAUCACGAUUCCCAUGUGGCGGGUGCUGGGCCAAGGCUCUAUCAUCAGGCCUGGCACCGUCACCGCCAUCAGAGUGUUUCUAACCAGGAUAGACAGAACGAGACUCAAAAGAAUAGUGGACGUGGAUGAGCCGUCGUGUGCCACUAUGACUUAUCUCAGUAGCACCGCCAGCAACUCUACCCAGCGCCUGCGGUCCACCGUCAACUGCAACAUGAUGAAAGCUUACCGCUGCAUCUCCGCCUUCUGCUCCAACUGCACUUUCCCAUGCUACAGAAACUUCGAGAGCGAAGAACGUGGAAGGAAGCUGUGUGAUGUAUCGACCAGUCUUGAGUGCUACAACAAUUUCAACAUGGUGGGCAAGAGUGACUCAAAGAAUCCCAAGCUGGAGGCGGUGAGGAAGAAGUGCAGUGAAAUAUAUCAGAGGAAAUGCCUGCCGGUGUGUUUGGAGGACACCUUCUCCUAUAAGACGCGAGUGCACGACCUGCUUCCCAAACAGCUGCACAAGAUCAGGAACAUCAUGAAUAUUACUGAUGGGAACAACGUGUCGGUGGUUUCAGUGUACUACCCUUCCUUCCAGCACGCGCGUCUGAUUGUGUCCAGGACUACCAUUCUCGACUACCUUAGGCAGAACACCACCUGA